GCGUUAGCUAACUCACCUGAGGUAAGAGUGUCCUGCAGUUUCAAGGGGCUUCGCAGAACAUAGAUCAUUGUUAAAACCAUAGCAAACCAAACGGCACAUAUGUAUGUCCAUGACCAGGACAACCAUGAUUUUAAUUUAUCUGUAAAUCCAAGAGAUUGAGGAUUACUGCUGGUCGCGUCCUCCAUGUUUUUAACGGAUGGCUGUAAACAGAGGAAUCAUGUGCCAGUGGCACUGUCAAGAUCCGCUUCCUCACCGUCCGCUGCAGUCAGUCGCGGAUCAGAAGAGGUUUGUCUCAUGAGCCAAGAUGGCCGAUUUCGAAGAACAGCUCACUGAGGAAGAGAAGGUGCGCAUUGCGGCUAAUUUUGUCGUCCAUGCUCCACCUGGAGAAUUCAAUGAAGUCUUCAACGAUGUGCGGCUACUGCUCAACAAUGACAAUCUUCUCAGGGAGGGUGCAGCACAUGCCUUUGCCCAGUACAACAUGGAUCAGUUCACCCUUGCCAAACUUGAAGGGUAUGAUGAUCAGGUGCUGAUCACAGAGCAUGGAGACCUGGGCAAUGGCCGUUUCUUUGACCCCCGCAACAAGCGGUCAUUCAAAUUUGACCACCUGAGGAAGGAGGCCAGUGACCCCCAGCCCCACGAGGGAGAGGCAUCUCUCAGACCCUGGAGAGACGCGUGUGACAGCGCUCUGAGAGCCUACGUCAAGGAGCACUACCCCAGCGGCGUCUGCACUGUUUAUGGGAAAACUAUUGACGGCCAGCAAACCAUAAUUGCUUGUAUUGAAGGUCAUCAAUUUCAACCAAAGAACUUCUGGAAUGGUCGUUGUCGGUCUGAAUGGAAGUUCAGCAUCUCCCAAUCUACAGCUCAAGUCGUUGGGGUCCUCAAAAUACAGGUGCAUUACUACGAGGAUGGAAAUGUGCAGCUGGUCAGCCACAAGGAAGUACAGGAAUCCCUCACUGUAAAUAGUGAGACUCAGACUGCAAAGGAGUUUGUGAAAAUCAUUGAGGAUGCAGAAAAUGAAUACCAGACGGCCAUCAGUGAGAAUUACCAGACCAUGUCUGACACCACAUUCAAAGCCUUGCGCCGGCAGCUUCCUGUCACCCGCACCAAGAUUGACUGGAACAAGAUCCUCAGCUACAAGAUUGGCAAGGAGAUGCAGAAUGCUUAGAGGACAGUGUGUCGGUCAUUGUUACUGUGUUACUGCAAAGACAGAGAGGGUAGGGGAAAAGAGGCAUCAAAGGGGGAAAAAAUGAUACUCUAUUCUGUCUUUGUUAAAGAAUGCCACGGUUUGAUUUGGUGUAUGGAGUUGGUAUGCUUUCUUCAGGCGCAUUAGGAGGGAUGGCUUCAUUUUAAGAGGACAUUUUGGAUUGUUUAGCUCUCGCUCAUUUGCAAAUUUUUCAUUUGAACAAAAUGCCUUUAGUGACACUGAAAGUUUGGAUUACAUGGGUCAACCUUGCUCUCACACACCGAUGCUUCAAAAAUCAGAGUCAUAUCCUCAUACCCCUCAUUUGGUUGACUUUGUGUCUGGGGGCCACAGGUAGUCAUCGGUUUAAGCCCAUUUCGUAACCCACUAUGGCCGGGAUUCAAACAAAUGCAGAUAAACGACCCGGUGCAUUGUGGUUCAUCUUUAAAGGCAAUUUCUGACUCAGCUGCCAUCCGCUGCGUGAUGUCUGGGAAAUUGCCUUUAAAAGCCUAUCGCUGUGCGCAGGUCAUUGGAUUGAAUCAUGACCUAUAUUUUAGAUUGGCCAAGACCUAUAUAUCUGUAACCCAAGGUCUCCUCCAAGUGAGGUGUAUACUCCUAAGUGACUACAUUUAGUACACCCCCUUAAAGUUCUAAGUAUCAGCUCUGUCCCCUGCAAGCUUCUCGUUGGAAAGAGAUGUACUUGUACAAAGGUUUAAUCAGGCCUAAACAAGCAGAGCACCAUCAGUAUCCACUAUCAGUGAUUCGGCCAACUUAAUAUAUAAUAUACCUAUAUUCCUCCUUACCGCCCACAUGCCUUCCUUUAGCUUUUUGCUAUAUUUUUUUAUACAAAAUGUAAGAACAUGUAUAAUUCAAAGGAAUAAAGAAGUUGCACCAAAUACUAUGCUGUAACUAUUGUCAUCAUUAACCGUUAACCAUAAAUAGCGUUUUACUUAUCAGUAUGUAGAAAUAUGCUGAUUGGGAAAUAAUCUGAUUUGGUGCCAAAUGUGUAUUUGUGUGUAAAUGCUGGCUAGCACAGCAAAAAGUAAAAGGGACAUUUGAAUAAAGAAACAGAUUAUUGAAUAUCA